AUGAUCAUGGCGCCCUCAGAGUCCGACUUCCAUGUCGUGAUCGUUGGGGCCGGCCUAGGUGGCGCCUCCUGUGCCAUCGCCUGCGCCCGACAAGGCCUCCGCGUCACCCUCCUGGACGCCGUGCCCGAGUUCUUCCCUCUAGGCGACUCCGUAGGCGUCGGUUCCAACACGUCCAAACUCUUCAAGCGCUGGGGUGUCUAUGACGACAUGUGGGCCAUCUCGUCGCGCGCCGAGGAAUCAGUGAUGCGCAACUGGGACGGCAGCAUCAUCACGCGCGAUCCCACUCUCGGCAAGGCCGUCGAGAUGUACGGGCACAAGGGCCUCAUCGGCCACCGGGGCCAUUAUCACAAGAUCCUUAUUGACCACUGCGUCAAAAACGGAGUCGACGUGCGCAUGGGCCACAAGAUCGAGCGCUACAACGCGGACAAGCCUAGCGUCUUCCUCCCCUCGGGUGAAGAACUCGAAGCCGAUGCCAUUAUUGCGGCCGAUGGGGUCAAGUCUACCGGUCGCACGCAAGUCCUCGGCUACGAAGAUGCCCCAAUCCACAGCGGCUACGCCGUCUGGCGCGCAUACUCAGACGCCGCGAUGUUCAAAGACGAUCCACUCGUGGGCCCAUUACUGGAGAAGGACACCACCCAAUUAUGGAUCGGGCCGGACCUGCACGGGUUCGUGACCGUGCUCCGCGACGCGACCGAGAUCAAUGCCGUGCUGACGCAUAAAGACGUGGCUGACGUUUCCGAAGGCUGGAACUUCCCCGCUGUGCGCGAAGACAUCCUUAGCGCCAUCCGCGGCUGGGAUCCUGUCUUCGUGCGUGUUUGGGAGAAGAUCCAGAACAUCAUCGAUUGGAAGCUCGUGUACCGGCCCUGUCUGGAGAAGUGGGUGGCGGAUUCGGGCUUGGUGGCCAUAAUGGGUGACGCGGCACACCCGUUCUUGCCGACCUCGACGCAGGGAGCGAGCCAGGCGGUGGAAGAUGGGGCCACGAUCGCAUUAUGUUUAGCAAAAGCGGGGAAGGGGAAUGUGCCCUUGGCACUACGAGCGUAUUUCGAGAUUCGGUACGAGCAUGUCAGGGACGCCCAGAUGGUGGGCAUCAGUCAGCGAGAUAAGUGGCAUAAUUUGCACGACAAGGAGACGGGGAAUAUGGAGAAGGAGCUUGAUACGUCGAAAGGCAUCUUGGACAGCUAUCAUUUAUGGGUGCAUGAUGCGGAGGCGGCAGUCGAGGAGGGGUGGGAUGAUGCUGUCAAAAAGGUCAGGGAGAAAUUUGGCGAGGAUCUUAGCGUCAACGGCGUCAAUGGACAUCUAUGA